AUGGGCUACACCGAAGUGCACACGCUCGAUCAGCGCAUCAGAGAUGCCCAGCUGAUGCUAAAAAAGCUGAAAGAGUACCGUAACGCGGCGCGGAGAUACACCACACCAGCCGUUUCAAAUAAAUGCAGCAAAUCUAAUAAGAAGGCUAUUUCUGAGGCCAACCAGCAGAUACAAAUGCUUGAAAGACUCAUUCGAUCAGCUGAAAAGACUCCAGUUCGUUUUGGCAUGGCGAAUUAUACUGAUCUCAGAGCUCACAACGCGAAGAAAAAGCGCAACGCCAAGAACGCGCCAGAUCCGUCCGCCGCUUUCUUCAACUUCAAGGGUGCCAAAACGCCAGAGGAAGGAGCCACUCUUGGGAAUAGGCUCUUCGCUGCAGCAGCCAAUGUUGGGGAUGCUCUUAGCGAUAUGGUAGCGCGCGCCGCUGGACCACUGGCGGAGGAGCCUUUAGACACCCUUGAAAGACGCAGACCGAAGCUCAAGAUCACCGAGAGCCGUCUCAAGCUUUUCUUCACGACGCUUCCUGAACGUAUUCUCGCCUCUUACACCUUCGAUAUUCUUGUUGCCCUGGUGGCUUUCGUCGUUUUACUUAAAUUCGGUGCCUGCAAAAUCGUACAAUUCAAAUUUCAAGAUUAUUGA